CUUUUUACUUCCCAAUUUCUCAUUCCUCUUCUCUUCCAUCAUACAUCCUCUUCCUCAACUUUCUUGUAUCAAUUCAUCUCCUUUUGAAUAAGAAUAUUCACUCCUUAAUAUCCUUCUUCAAAGAAAUCAAUUAAUCUAUUCCCUUCUUCAAGGAGUAAAAUAUUCAUAAUGGCUAAGACCAAGGAUACCAAGGUUGCUAAGGCUUCCAAGAAGACUGAGGUUAAACCACCUCUUUCAACUGUCAAGAAUGCUGCAGUUGUCAAGCCAUCUCAAACAACAAAAGCUAAAUCUCAACAGACUGCAAAGGCUACUGCCACCAAGGCCGCUAAGCCAGCUCCAAAGCCAGUUAAGAAGGCCGCCACUCCAUCAUCCGACAGCGGAUCCGAUUCUGAAUCUGGUUCCAACUCUGAGUCUGAAGAGGAGAAGCCAGCACCAAAGGCUGCCAAGGCCAAGGCUAACGGAAAGACUGCUAAGGUCGUCGAGAAGAAAGAGGUAGAAUCCUCCUCUGAAUCCUCAUCUGAAUCUUCAUCUGAAUCCGAAGAUGAUUCCGAAUCAUCUGAAUCCGAAACUGACUCUGAACCCGCCGCAAAGACUGCCAAGAAGGCUGCUUCUUCUGAAAGCGAUGAUAGUGACAACUCAAGCGACUCCAAUUCCGAAUCCGAAGAGGAGGCUAAGCCAGUAGUCGCUGCCGCCAAGAAGGUUCAAGCCGUUGUUGAUGCUGGAAAGGCAAAGGUUAACGGUGCUGCUAAGGCAGUCGCCAAGGCUACUGUAAGUUAUAUCAAUUCUCUCAAUCAUUUCAUCAUGGCAUAUGCAGUAAACUAAUUUAUAUAUAGGAGGACUCUAAUGACUCCGAUAGCUCUGACUCCUCCGAUGAAGAUAAGAAGGCAUCUGGAUCCGACUCUGAUUCUUCCGAAUCCGAUAGCGAGACUGAAGCUGAAGCACCAUCCAAGAAACGCAAGGCGGAUAAUGAGCCAGAGCCAUCUGCCAAGAAGACAAAGACUGAGGAGACUGCUGCUGAUGAUGGUAGCCCAAAGAACUUGUUCGUCGGUAACUUGAGCUGGAACAUUGAUGAUGAGUGGCUCUACCGUGAAUUCGAAGAGUUCGGUGAGAUCACCGGUGCUCGUGUCAUCAGUGACAAGAACACUGGACGCUCCAAGGGUUUCGGAUACGUUGAAUUCGCCAAAUCAGCCGAUGCUGCCGCCGCUCUUGCUGCCAAGAAGGGUGCUCUCAUCGAUGGUCGUGAGGCCAAUGUUGAUUUCUCCACUCCCCGUGAGAACGUCGCACCAAAGGAUCGUGCUAACAACCGUGCUGCCCAAUUCGGUGAUGCCAAGAACCCACCUUCCGACACUCUUUUCCUCGGUAACCUUUCAUUCGAUGCUGAUGAGAACGUUGUUGGUGAGGCUUUCGGUGCUCACGGUACUGUUGUCAACGUUAGACUUCCUACUGACCAGUAAGUUCACCGUCGUAUCAUAUUAUUCUUGCACAUAUUAACAUUGACUAGGGAAACUGGCAACCCCAAGGGUUUCGGAUACGUUACCUUCGGUUCCGUUGAAGAUGCUACCGCUGCCUAUGAUGCUAUGAUGGGUGCUGAUAUUGCUGGUCGUCCAGUUAGACUUGACUAUGCUACUCCCCGUCCAGAGCGCAGUGAAGGUGGUGGCUUCGGUGGCCGUGGUGGCCGUGGUGGUGGUGGUGGUGGCCGUGGUGGCGGACGAGGUGGUGGACGUGGUGGAUUCGACCGUGGAGGAAGAGGUGGUGGUGGACGUGGAGGUGCCCGUGGAGGACGUGGAGGCAGCACUAACCGUGGUGGCUUCGGUGACUUCAAGGGAAAGAAGAUGUCUUUCGAGUAAGCUGAUGGUAUUAUUUGUGGAUUACCAUUGCCUGUCCGUACUUCGUCACACUUUUAGUAUCCUUCUUUGAAGAUACUUUUGUGUUGAUCUGUGGGUCGUUGGCUUUGUGGGUUGUUGGCUCUUGACUUCUACUCCUUAUGGAGAAUGUGGCUUUUGAGACAUGACUUGUUUUUCUUUGAAUUCUUUCAUUGAAAGAUCAGGUCACAACUUGUGGUCUGGCUUUACGUGGUCGUCGGCUUGUGGCAGUCCCGUUAUGAUGAGAGCUUUUUGAUACGAUAUUCAGUGGGGCGUUUGGUUAAAGACAUAAUGAUCUUGUCGGCUUUGAACAUAAUAAGAAGUUGGUAUGAUCCUUUCUUGUGUCUUUGAAUACCUUGAGAGGGGACCGGACUUCAUGUGGCUUUUCCGAGGGCAUUCUGCACAAAAAGUUGUUUAUUUUUUUCGGUUGGGUGGAUAGGUUUAUGGUAACAAUUACCCGGUUUUCUUGCGAAGUCUCUCGCUAAGGCCAAGUGUAUCAUAUGGUGAGUGUACCCCUUGCUACUAUUGCUAGGUUAUUUAAGAAUCAAAUUCUGUAAUUCUUUGA